AUGAAGACGAUCUGGGAAAAAGAAGAUGGCGAUGAAUUUGGUGGUGGUUGCCGGACGUCGGCGUUGCUGCCGGAGACACAUGUUGGCGAAGGAGGAGAAAAUGGAAGCAUGUUUGAAGGAUCAACGAAGUCGAUGAUGAUCGUACGAGAAGAGGAAGAGGAAUGUAAUUCAUCGAGUAGUUCUUCGAUCGGAGACGACAGUGACGACGAUCGGGAAGGAGAUGUCGAGAGUCGUUACGCAUAUGAUCAUCAUAACAACAAUGGAUCCUUCGAUGAUGCAAUUCAAGCCCUGGAACAAGCGUUGCCAAUCAGGAGGGGAAUAUCAUCAUUCUACAAUGGGAAAUCGAAAUCUUUCACGAGCUUAGCGGAUGUGUGGCCAUCAACAUCAUCUUCCAGUUCCAGUUCCAAUUCCAUACAAGACAUUGCAAAACCAGAAAAUGCUUACACAAGAAAACGAAAAAAUCUGGGAGCUUUCAAACUAUCAAACAUAAACACUGGAAGGAUAUCCAAGAAACCGAAAACCACAACAAUGACAACAUUUCAGCAAUCUCAAGUCAACAGACCACAAUUGUCGCUGAGAUCAUUCUCAAUGGUCAACUUGCAUCAAUGCAAUCCCACAAAGAUUGAAAACUGUUAG